AUGUUUCAUCUCCUCAUUUAUACUUUUAAUGCACGAGUUUGGUGCUUUUUUGUAAGUUUUAGUGACUUCGUUUAUUUUUCUGUCAUAGCUAUCUCUCUGGUCAUUAUCUAUUUAUUAUUUAUUUUUAUUUAUCUGGUUAUAUCUAUCUACCUGGUCAUAUCUAUCUAUCUAUCUAUCUAUCUAUCUAUCUUGUCAUAUCUGUCUAUCUAUCUGUUCAUAUCUAUCUACCUAUCGAUCUAUCGAACUCUCUUUUCAUAUCUAUCUAUCUAUUGGGUCAUAUCUAUCUAUCAAACUCUCUGGUCAUAUCUAUCUGGUCAUUAUAUAUCUAUCUGUUCAUCUCUCCCUAUCUCAUUUUGGACGCUACUGUAUAUUUCUCUUUCUUUCUGCCUCUCCCCUCUCUCUCUCCUCCUAUAUACUCGUUUAAUUCUGUGUCGUGACUACAAUUUGUUUCAUAUUAAACAUUUACUACAUCUCCCUCUCUCUAUAUCGCCACUCUCUUUUUUCUCCCUUUUCUUUAUUUCCCGCUCUUUGUAUUGA